AAGCGUCGCCAUGUGUGUAUACUGUUGUUCCAACGACCGCCUCCCUCCGUCGAACUUUUCCCCUCUCCGCCCCUAAAAUCAGUAUUACAAUUUACAACCGAAUCCUCUUCAGAGAUUGUGUGAAUUUCAAAUUACCUUUACAAAAUACACGAAAAUGGAAGGUAGUCGCCGGCGUAAUUCAUCAUCUCCGUCGAUGUUAGCAGAUCUAACCGCGACUCAUGGCUGCGAGAAUGAAUUGAGUCCGUCGAACUCCGACUUGACCUCGAACUCGUAUUUGACCGUUAAUAAUUAUAAAGGAAGGUUACAUCUGAUUGAAGAUUCAGCGAAGGAUUGUGUGACAACAUGGACAGAUGAAAAACAUGAUUUGUAUCUUGAUCAUUUAGAAUCAUCAUUUGUUGAGCAGUUGCAUCGGUCUAUAUGCGUACUUGCUUUUUGCUCAAAUGAUGACUCAAAGAGUCAUUAUUUAUCUCGAAAGCUGGUUGCUAAAAAUAGAAAUACUUCAGAAAAGUUAAAAAUAAUACAAGAUUCCUACUCGGACAAAACUACCCUCAAGAGAAAAAGCCAUCACACUUUUACAGAAUUCUCAGACCAAAACUUUGCAGCUGAAGCUAAUAGUAGCAUUGGGAGAUUUCAAAUUCAAGAUGUGAAUACAAAACAACACAGCAAUGUAUUGGAACUUUCUUGAGGGAAUUAUAAGGUGAAGAUCUUGUUGAUGGAUGAAACAGGUAUAUAUAGUUAUGUUAAUCUUGGGAAUAUUUAUUUUGCUAUUUUUUAAUUGGUGAUAGGUGAUUCAAAUUUUAAAACUUAUCUUAUAAUAUGUUAUGGG